AUGCAGCGAAACGAGGCAUCAUCUUCAAUGGAAGUGGACACUGUCCAAUCUGAACCAAAAGUUUUACCUCCAAAGCCUCAAUUUGCGCCGCUAAAGCCUCACGAGAUGUCUAGUGGUCAGGUUCAGUUUCGCAAGGUAUCCGUUCCGCCGCAUCGUUACACUCCUCUCAAGAAAAUUUGGAUGGAGAUCUAUACGCCUGUAUACGAGCAGAUGAAAAUCGACAUCCGAAUGAAUUUGAAGGCGCGGAAAGUUGAAUUGAAGACAAGGCACGAUACUCCGGAUAUAAGUAACCUUCAAAAGUGUGCUGAUUUUGUCCAUGCUUUCAUGCUGGGUUUUGAUGUUAUUGAUGCCGUUGCUAUUCUCCGGUUGGAUGAGCUCUAUGUUGAGUCCUUUGAGAUUAAGGAUGUUAAGACACUUCGAGGGGAUCAUUUGUCUCGGGCGAUUGGAAGAUUGUCUGGAAAAGGCGGUAAGACUAAGUUUGCAAUUGAGAAUGCGUCGAAGACUAGGAUUGUGAUUGCGGACACCAAAAUUCACAUUCUGGGGUCGUUUGCAAACAUCAAGAUUGCUAGGGAUUCUCUAUGUUACCUAAUUAUGGGAUCGCCGGCGGCAAAGGUUUAUUCUAAGUUGAGAGCGGUUACUUCUAGGAUGGCGGAAAGGUUUUGA